AUGGCAGCAAGGAAAUUGGCCCAAGAGGUCGACAAGUGCUUCAAGAAGGUCUCCGAAGGCGUGGCCGAGUUUGAAGCCAUUUACGAAAAGAUCGAACAAUCGAGUAACCCCGCUCAAAAGGACAAGCUAGAAGAUAACCUCAAGCGCGAGAUCAAGAAGCUCCAGCGACUGAGGGAUCAGAUUAAAACAUGGGCGGCUAGCAACGAUAUCAAGGAUAAGGCUCCGCUGCUUGAGCACCGGAAGCUGAUCGAGACGCAAAUGGAAAAGUUCAAGGCAGUGGAAAAGGCCAUGAAGACGAAAGCAUAUUCGAAAGAGGGCCUAUCGGCUGCUGCCAAACUCGAUCCCAAGGAGCAAGCAAAGGUCGAAGCGAGCGAAUUCCUCAGCAGUAUGGUCGACGAGCUGGAACAGCAAAUCGAGACCCUUGAAGCCGAGGGCGAAUCGAUACAAGCGACCAUGAAGAAGGGCAAGAACAACACCGCAAAGGCCGAACGCAUCGCCGAAGUCGAACGAGUUAUCGAAAGACAUAAGUGGCACCAGGGCAAGUUGGAACUUAUCAGGAGAUCCCUCGAGAAUGGCGGAGUCGAGCCUGAACAAGUCACUGAGUUGGAAGAUAACAUCCGAUACUAUGUGUCAGACGGCAUGAACGAAGACUACAUGGAGGAUGAGGAAAUGUACGAGGAACUGGAUCUUGAGGACGAGGAAGGCACCUACGGCAUGGGUGCCGACAACGAGAAGAGCUCUUCUCUAGAUGAUCAAUCUGUGCAAGAGGACCUGACAACCGACACUGACUUGCCAAAGACGCUGGCGAGGAAGGCGCAAAAGGAAGUCGAUCCAGUACGGAGAACAUCGUCCCAGACAAAGUCCCCCUUACCCGCGCUCGCAACAUUGCAUGCUCCGUUAUCGACUAUCAGCAAUGGCAAUUCUGGUACACCCGCUAUGAAGCCUGCAUCGGUACCCUCAAGGCCUGCUGGGGAGGGUCUCAAGUACGCUUCUGCAGCCGCGGCCGCAGCGGCAAGCGACAAGAACAACGUGGGUAUUGCACCGUUACCUCCACCGCCUGGUGCCGCAUCGUCAAGCAUAUCUCCAUUGCCUCAAUCCCGAAGCAGCGCGACCAACUCCCCUGCUACAUCCUCUGCCCAGCCCGCUUCUCAACAGCCAGAAUCCAAGCAACCCACACCAGCUCCUGCUCCUGCCGAGCCCGAACCUGUGCCUGCGCCGGCACCCGUGCCCGUACCUACCAAGCAAUCGAAGCGAUCAAAGGCUGCUGGAAAGCAAGCUCUGGUGCCAGAGACCUCGACAACGUCGAAGCCCGCAAGAACAAAUGGCACAUCCAAUGGUGUUAAGCUCUCCGAGGAAGAGGAAGAGUCCAUUUACCACUUGCCAGCGUCGUUGCAAGAUCUGGUCGAUACGUAUGAGACUUCUAGAAAGAGACCAUACCAUCCCUCUGCACCAUCGGCCUUGCGCAUGAUGAGUGCUAGUCAGGCCAGCUGCCCUGAUGUUGUGGAUGCUGAUGUGCCACGGUCAUAUCGUCCCGAAGUGCCGGUGCCCCCAACAGGGUCCAACUUCCCCCGCGAGCCACUUGCCCUCUUCGAUGACCAAAGAUGGUAUUCACGGGUCGACCCCGAUACCUUGUUUUACGUUUUCUACUACAGACAAGGGUCCACCCAGCAAUAUAUGGCUGCCAAGGCUCUCAAGGACCAAAGUUGGCGGUUCCAUAAGCAAUACCAAACAUGGUUUCAAAGACACGAGGAGCCGAAGACCAUUACUGAGGACUUUGAGCAAGGGACAUAUCGCUUUUUCGAUUAUGAAAGCACAUGGAUGAAUCGACGAAAGGCCGAUUUUAAGUUCGUCUACAAGCAUCUUGAAGACGAUGUUUGA